ACGUAUCCAAAAAUGCCCUGGAAGUGUGUUCAGCGCCACUGCAGCGUUUACUGGUAUUUCCGUUGUGAGAUCGGUGAGAUCGAUCAUACGUAGAAGGAAAGUAGCAAUAUGGCGGACACUGCUCCAGCCACUCGUGGUGGUUUUCGCGGAGGUUUUGGUUCUCGCGGCGCGGGAGGUGAUCGUGGAGGCCUGAGAGGCCGAGGUCGCGGAGGAAGAGGAAGAGGACGCGGCCGCGGACGCGGUAAAGAAGACAGUAAGGAAUGGGUUCCUGUUACGAAGCUGGGUCGUCUUGUCAGAGAUGGCAAGAUUCAAUCUCUUGAACACAUAUAUCUUUUUUCCUUGCCCAUCAAGGAAUAUGAAAUCAUUGACAGAUUUCUCGGUCCGGAUCUGAAGGAUGAGGUGCUCAAAAUCAUGCCUGUACAGAAGCAGACACGUGCCGGACAACGUACUCGUUUUAAGGCUUUUGUUGCCAUUGGUGAUAGCAACGGCCACAUUGGAUUAGGAGUAAAGUGCUCCAAGGAAGUAGCCACUGCGAUUCGUGGUGCUAUUAUCCUGGCUAAACUUUCUGUGGUACCUGUUCGACGUGGAUACUGGGGUAAUAAGAUCGGCAAGCCACACACAGUACCAUGUAAGGUAACUGGUAAAUGUGGUUCUGUGCAAGUGCGUCUAAUACCAGCUCCCAGAGGUACUGGCAUUGUGUCAGCCCCAGUUCCCAAAAAGUUGCUUCAAAUGGCCGGCAUUGAAGACUGUUACACUUCUGCCAGAGGAUCCACUUGCACUCUUGGUAAUUUUGCCAAGGCUACUUAUGCUGCAAUUGCCAAGACUUAUGCAUAUUUAACACCUGAUUUGUGGAAGGAACAAGCUUUAGCAAAGGCCCCAUAUCAAGAAUUUGCAGACUAUUUGCAAAAAGUACAGAAGGGUAUGAAAGGAGCGGAAAUUGUUUAAAUAAACAUCGAAAUAUUUCCUUAUGGAAAUUCUUUAAGUAAAAAAA